AUGGCUUCCAUGGCCAUUCGCUCCGGUGCUUCUUCCGCACGUUUCUUCCGCGCAAACAUGGCCUCCGCCCCUCGGGUCCCAGGACACCAGGUCCGCCAUGGCUCCUUCUCCUCCUACCUAGUCACCCCUAAAGAGCUCAAUGAAGCUUUGAAGAAGAACCCGCCAACCAAGAUCUCCACCUCCCCGAGAGUGAUUCCUUUAUGUGCAGCAUGGUUCAUGCCCAAUGACCCCGAGGGUCGCAAGGGCAUUGACUCUUUCAGCCAGUCCCGCAUCCCGCAGUCACGCUUUUUCGACCUCGACGCGGUCAAGGAUCACGAUUCCUCUUACCCCCACAUGCUUCCUACUUGUGAGACUUUUGCAGAGGCUAUGAGUGAGCUGGGCAUUCGGCGCGAUGACGAAGUGGUGGUCUACGAUACAGCGGAGCUCGGCAUCUUUAGCGCCCCACGCGUGGGCUGGACCCUGCGCGUGUUUGGCCACCCGAACGUUCACAUUCUCAAUAACUACCGUCUCUGGGUUCGUGAAGGUCUCCCUACCGAGAGCGGUGAGCCUGCUCCCCUAGAGCAGAGCAAGUAUUCUGUGCCGACCUACGACUCUAAGCUGGUGAUUGCCUUCCGCGAGAUGAAGGAGCUGGCAUUUGACUACGGCAAGGAGGGCGCGGAGGAGGUCGAGAUCCUGGAUGCUCGUUCUUACGGUCGUUGGGCUGGAACUGACCCGGAGCCGCGCCCAGGCCUGUCUUCUGGCCAUGUCCCUGGCUCGAAGAGCUUGCCGUUCCAGGAAUUGCUUGACCCCGAGACCAAGGCCUAUCUUCCCGCGGAGCAGUUGAAGCAGGUCUUUGAAGAUCACAAGGUUGAUCCUUCCCGAUCAAUUAUCAGCUCAUGCGGCACUGGUGUUACGGCCACCGUGAUCGAGACCGCUUUGGGUGAAGCGGAGUAUGGGAACCCUAAUCUCCGCCGGGUAUACGAUGGCAGCUGGACUGAAUGGGCGCAGCGAGUCAAGGAAUCCGAUGGCCUUAUCAAGAAGGUCAAAUCGUAG